CCAUCACCCUUCAACCCAACCCAACGGUAACCAAACCAAACAAAAUACUAAAACACAGAAACAAUAUAAUAAUGUUCCCAACUCUUUACCUCAAUUAAGACAUAUUAAUGUUAUUUGUGUUGUGCUGUGAAGCCGUCUUUGAGUCUGACCGGUAAACCCAGUUUCCCGCGUCACAAUAUUCUUUUCUUUCCAUCUUCUACAUUUCCUUUUUCUUCCCUCCCACUCCUUCUUCAAAGACUCUUUCAAACACUUUUCAUAACAACCCUUACUUACUCUUUCUUCUCUAUUUCAUUAAUUCCAACCAUCACCAUGUCCUUCCUCCUUCUCUUCUUCCUUUUCCUUUUCCUCACCCCCUCUCUCUCUCAAACAACACCCCCCAAAGGCUUCCUUAUCGACUGUGGGUCCCUAUCAAACACCCAAAUCAACAACCGUUCAUGGCUUCCCGAUUCAGCCUUUAUCACCACAGGCACACCCAAAAACAUAACCUCCCCCGUUCUUCUUCAAACUCUCAAAACCCUUCGCUCUUUCUCUCUUCAAGUUAAAAAAAACUGUUACAAUGUUCCCGUGUAUCGCGGUGCGAAAUAUAUGGUGCGGACUACUUAUUUCUACGGAGGAGUCAACGGUCCUGAUCAUCCUUCGCCGCCGGUGUUUGAUCAGAUCGUUGAUGGAACCCUAUGGAGCGUGGUUAAUACUACAGAGGAUUAUGUAAACGGGAAUUCAACUUUUUACGAAGGGAUUUUCUUAGCUAAGGGGAAGUUUAUGAGUUUAUGUCUCGGGUCAAAUACUUAUACGGAUUCUGACCCGUUUAUAUCUGCUUUGGAGUUUUUGAUUCUAAAGGGUUCACUCUAUAACACCACCGAUUUUACCAAUUUUGCCCUUGGUUUGGUUGCUAGAAAUAGCUUUGGAUUCUCCGGAUCACCCAUUAGAUAUCCUGAUGAUCAAUUUGACCGUAUUUGGGAGUCAUUUGGGCAGAGUAAUUCAACCAAAUCAAACACUGACAAUGUUUCUGUUUCUGGCUUUUGGAAUCUUCCACCUUUGAAAAUAUUUGAGACACAUUUAGGAUCUGAUCAAUUGGAAACCUUGGAAGUAAGAUGGCCUAUAGUAUCACUUCCAAGCUCAAAAUACUACAUGGCUCUAUACUUUGCAGACAACACUGUUGGGUCAAGAAUUUUUAACAUAAGUGUAAAUGGUGUACAUUAUUACCGAGAUUUGAAUGCGAUCCCAUCAGGUGUUGUUGUUUUUGCAAACCAAUGGCCUCUUUCUGGUCCUACAACAAUAACUUUAACUCCUGCUGCUAGUUCAUCCUUGGGACCCAUAAUUAAUGCCGGCGAAGUUUUUAAUGUGAUGUCUCUUGGAGGAAGAACUUCCACUCGGGAUGUUAUUGCUUUGGAAAGGGUAAAAGAGAGCCUCCGAAAUCCUCCACUCGAUUGGAGCGGUGAUCCUUGUGCGCCUCAGAUAUACUCAUGGACUGGUAUCACGUGCUCUGAAGGGCCUCAUAUCCGUGUCGUGACUUUAAAUUUGACAAAUAUGGAUCUAUCAGGAUCUUUAUCACCUUUUGUUGCCAAUAUGACAGCUUUGACUAAUAUCUGGCUUGGAAAUAACAGUUUAUCCGGACAGAUUCCUAACCUCAGUUCACUAACGAUGUUGGAGACACUGCACUUGGAAGAUAAUCAAUUCAAUGGAGAGAUUCCAUCAUCCCUAGGGAACAUUGGCAGCUUAAAAGAAGUAUUUUUACAAAAUAACAAUUUGACUGGUCAAAUUCCAGCAAAUCUCAUUGGAAAACCAGGACUUAUCAUCAGAACUUCCGGCAAUAGUUUCUUGUCACCUCCAGCACCUUGAGAUAAAGACUUUCCUUUUGUCAAGAUUUUUUGCGUGCUUGGAUUAUUCUGAUUUUGGUGGAAAUUCUUCAUUUUCAACUCGAAAACCGAAGGUCGAACUUCAACUCAACCUUCUCUUGAUAAGAGCAUAUAGAUUUAUUUUUUUGACUUGGAGUGUACUUUCUGAUUGGUGGAACAGAUUCAUUCAACUUUGAUUCUCAGUUCCCUGAAAGUUAGAAUGUUCUGUUAUCAUUGUAUAGGCAUUAUUUAUUAUUUUAUUAAAAAAGGUCAUGCCUUUUUGGUGUUUUUUGUUUUUCA